AUGGCGGCGGCCGAGGCGGCGGCGGCGGCGGCGGCGGCGGGAGCGGCGGGAGCGGCCCGCAGCCUGGGAGCCCCGGCCCCGGCGGCGGCGGCGGCCCGAGCCCGGCGGCUGCCCCCGCUGCUCGUGCUGCUGGCGGCGGCGGCGGCGGGGCCGGGGGCGGGCGGCGCGGCGCGGCUGUACCGCGCGGGCGAGGACGCCGUGUGGGUGCUGGACAGCGGCAGCGUGCGCGGGGCCACGGCCAACAGCUCGGCCGCGUGGCUCGUGCAGUUCUACUCCUCGUGGUGCGGCCACUGCAUCGGCUACGCGCCCACCUGGCGGGCCCUGGCCGGGGACGUGCGAGACUGGUCUGCUGCCAUCCGCGUUGCGGCUCUGGACUGCGGGGAGGAGGAGAACUAUGAGGUGUGCCGAGCCUAUGACAUCCACUUCUACCCCACCUUCCGGUAUUUCAAGGCGUUUACAAAGGACUUUACAACUGGAGAAAAUUUUAAAGGGCCCGACCGAGAGCUGCAGACGGUGAGGCGGACGAUGGUUGACUUCCUGCAGAACCACACGGACGGAGACAGGCCGCCUGCUUGCCCGCCGUUGGACCCCAUUCCGCCCGGCGACGUCCUUUCCCUUGUGGACACUCACGGUGGCCGUUACGUGGCCAUCCUGUUUGAGAGCCAUGGCUCCUAUGUCGGCCGUGAGGUCAUCUUAGACCUGCUUCCGUACGAGAACAUUGUGGUGAAGAGAGUGCUGAACGCGGAGAAGGGCUUCCUGGGGAGACUCGGGGUCUCUUCCCUUCCCUCCUGUUACUUGAUUUACCCAAACGGGACGCGUGGGCUGAUGAACGUCGGGAAGCCCCUCCGAUCGUUUUUUUCCUCUUAUUUGAAGUCGUUGCCGGAUGUGAGGAAAAAAUUGCUUUCGUUGCCUGAAAAGCCCAAUGAGGACAAGAAUCCUGAAGUCGUGGUUUGGAGAGAAUUUGACAGGUUGAAGCUCUACACGGCGGACCUGGAGUCGGGGCUGCACCACCUCCUGAGGGGAGAACUGGCCGCCCACAAGGCCCUCGCGGGGGCCGAGCUGCAGACACUCAAGGACUUCGUCACCAUCCUCGCCAGGCUGUUCCCCGGCCGGGCGCCGGUCAGGAAGCUGCUGGAGACGCUGCAGGAGUGGUUGGCCAGCCUUCCCCUGGAGAGGAUCCCCUACAAUGCCGUCCUUGAUCUGGUCAACAACAAGAUGCGGAUCUCCGGAAUAUUCCUUACUAAUCACGUAACGUGGGUUGGAUGUCAAGGAAGCCGGCCGGAGCUCAGGGGCUACACGUGCUCUCUCUGGCAGCUGUUCCACACUCUGACUGUCGAAGCCGGGGCCCGCCCAGAGGCGCUGGAUGGCACAGGUCUGGAGGAUGACCCCCAGGCCGUGCUGCAGACCAUCCGGAGGUACGUGCGCACCUUCUUCGGCUGUAGGGCAUGCAGCGAGCACUUUGAGGCAGUGGCUAAGGAGUCCGUGGGCGCGGUGAAGACCACGGACCGAGCGAUUCUCUGGCUGUGGGAGACUCACAACCUAGUCAACAGCCGCCUGGCAGGCCAUCUCAGUGAGGACCCCAAGUUUCCAAAGGUUCCGUGGCCCACCCCGGACCUCUGCCCCGCCUGCCACGAGGAGGUGAAGGGCGUGCACAGCUGGAACGAGGGCCAGGUGCUUCUGUUCCUGAAGCAGCACUACAGCGGGGACAAUCUCGUGGACACGUACGCGGCAGACCUGGGGGACACCAGCGAAGGAGGCGGCCCACACCAGGGCGGGGAGCAGGAGAAAGGCCUCGCCUCCCCAGGGAAGCCUCGGAGAGACCCGCGCGCCGAGAGUCUCCGUCCACCCAGCGGGCUGCCUCCCAGACCCCGCCUGGCGGACGGCUCGCAGCUCGGCCUGGACGGGAGACUGCGGAGCGUGAGCGGAGCUGAGGUCCACAGGGAGGCGGAGGUGGCUGUGCCCUUCCUCGGGAUGGGCUUCUCUGGCCUGGACAUGAGCCUCUGCGUCGUGCUCUACGUGGCCUCUUCCAUGUUCCUGAUGGUGAUGUACUUCUUCUUCCGAGUGCGGUCCAAGCGGUGGAAAGUCAGACAUCACCGGCCGUCCGUGUAGAACCAGGCGGGACCACAGAAGCGCCUUGGGGGAAACAGCCCCACCAGGCCACCUGCAGCUUUCACAGAUCAGGGAUUUUAUAAACAGCGGGACCCGGUUUUACUUCCAGUGGCGGGCAGGCCAGCGUUUGCCGUGGGCCCGCGUGCCCUCCUGGCGUGCUCCCUGGACGCCUGUACAGAGCCGACAGCAAAAAUGUGUCUGUGUUUUCACUCUCCUCUGUCCAAGGAAAGGGGGAGUCCAGGCCAAACAGACAGAUUUUCCGGGCUGCCUUCGUCCCAAGUUUCUAGAUGCGCGUCACCUUCCGCAAGCCUGGCUGGGGAUUCCGAGAGCCACCGAGCCCUUGUGGGCUGGGAGGCCAGCGGGCGAUUGCACGUGGCCAGCCUGGGCCCCGCGGAGCUGCAGCACGGCCCCUGGCAGUGGGUCCCCGGUGCACCGCACCCUCGGCCGCGCCUCCAGGCCAGUCUGGUUCUCAGAGAGCCGUUUGCGAGUGGGUUUCCCGGCGGCGUGGUGGUUUCUGCUGAAGCAGAAGAGCGUCCCGUCCGUCCAGGGGGGGUGGAGGAGGGUUUGUGACUUCCCUGCCUUGCAAGGAACCCCGCUGCGGGGGAGGUGGCAGAGGUGGCGCCUUCAUGAAUCUGGUGGCAGGAGAGCACUCAGUGGCCACGGGCUGUCCCCAACUGCCUGUGCCCGGCACGGAGGGCAGAGCCCCACACAGGAGGGGUGUGGGGUGGCCGAGGCCCCAAGGGACCUUUCAGGGAGCCCUUCGUCUGUGCCCUGUGGUCCAGCAGCUGCAGGGCCUGCUGCCAAACAAAGCAGACGCUAGGACCGGUGGCCCUGGGGGGGUGACGUGUGUAUGGUCGUCAAAACCGUUAAGGCUGAACCCCAAAUCUCAUUUCCCAGAAGCUGUUUUACAAAAGGUCCUGGCCCACGACCCUGGUCCCCCAGGCUUUGGUGAUUGAUUUUUUACCAUUUAAUGAUUUUUCACACACUGUCAUAAAACCCAAUCACUUAGAGGUGAAUUUGUUCCUGGAGAUGUAAACAGACAAAGUAGCAUGCUCUGCCUCUUUCAUGGAGAUGCUUUAUGACGCCGCUUUGUCCACAAGUGCAGCCGCGGCUGGGCACUCCUGUCACUAGGACGGUACGGACCGUCUUCUCCACUUCGCCCGGCGCCCGCUGUGAUCACGAACUGACACCUGCUGGCCAGGGGCUGACCAGAGGCGUGUCUUGGGGGCGCAGCAGGCGAGCUGUCAGGAGCUUGAGCCUCUGCGGGGAGUGGGGGAUGGGGUGGCAGGGGACGGGGGUGAGAGACGGGAUGGCCAUGGGACGGGGGCAGGACAGGAUGGAGGACAGAAUGAGGGACUAGAGCACAGGGAACGAACGAGGGAUGGGCCGAGGCCAGGGUGGGGGACGGGAACCGGAUACAGAUGUGAUAGGAAAGGGGGGUGCGGGCAGGUGACUGGGGACAGCGACAUACAGAUGAGGGAUGGGGGGGAUGGGGCUCCGUUGGCAGCUUCCUCAGCUGCUUGGCUUCCAUGGCUUCUCCAGAGGUUUCUUCCCGUCGGGCUGUGCCUCGCCCCUGGAAGCCCGUGUGCUCAGCCCAUGUGCUCCGGUGGUGACUGUGCCCCCAGUUACUGAAGACCCGGAACCUGGAAACUGGCCAGAUCCACCCACAGAAUCCAGAGGGGGUGCCCAGCACCACAAGUGAAACUACCUUCUGGUUCGCGUCCAGUGUGUUUCCUCCCCGAAGUACAUCUCCGCACGUGGCGUGGUCUGGGAUGAAGGCGCAAGACGCCAAGGCCAUGACCGCCACAAAAGCCAGGGUCGGCCUCUCGGGGUUCAUGGUAACGUUGCAGUUGGAGGUCGCUGUUAUUCGAGGGACAAGUUUGCGACUCCCUGAGGGGACAGGUUUCCCCUGGACCGUGAGCAGCCAGGGACAGGUGGUGUGCCAAGGCGACCACGGGUGUGUCUGAUGUGUGGGUGUGAACGUGGCCACAUGCCUCACGUGGCCUGCUAGGAAUUGGACGUUAACUUUGGGCAAGAUUUAAGGUCUAUUUUCUAAAGUUGUAAGCAUUUAGAUUAAUGAAUACAAUAGUUCGAUAAUUUAAAUGUGUAUUUAUUUUUAAUGGAAGGAUUUUGAUGAAAAAGAAGCUAAUUGACGUGGCAACAUCUGAAAUUUCUUACCUGUAAGAAAAAUAAACAUUUUGUAUUUAAGUGA